CGUCGUCGUCGUCGGGGCCGCCGUCGAGGCCGCGCGGGCCGCGCAGCGCGGCGGCCGCACACGGGCUGCCGAGCGGGACGCGACAGGAACUGCUCUUCCCCCUGGCGGACUGUGACCCCUGACCUUCGCGUCGUGGGGUCCCUCGCGUCUUUGCAUCCCUUGCGUCGUCACCUCACCUUCGUCACCUCAUCUUCGUCACAUCACGUCGCGCGAUCACCUAUACCGGGGGCCCGCCGGCGGCUUGCUUCCCCUACUCGUCCUCGUCCGCACACCGACGACGACGACGCGCCGCUGAUGGCAGUGGUGGUGGUCCGUCUCGGGGUGGGAGCUGCUCGCCGACGACGACGCGUCAUCGCAGCGUGAACGUCGUCGACCCUGAGAAGAGGACCCGCGACCUGUGAGCUGCAGGUGCGCCGCGCCAUGGGCUGCAACUCCAGCACCGCCGCGGUGGGCGCGGUGGCUGCCGAGUCGGCCGCGGAGGACGCCGCCCCGGCCACCACUACCUCCGCCGCGGGGUCGGCGGUCGCAUCGGCGGCGAGCGCCCGGUCGACGUGCGAGAAGUGCCGCGCCCGGUCGGCCGGCGGCACCGAGGUGGACGAGAACGGCAAGCACCUGCCGCCCGUGAGGAAGCCCCGGGAGGUGCGGGAGGUGCCCGACGGCGAGGACGAGGAGGCGAUCGACAUCGACCUCGAGGACCCCGAGGUUGAGCAGGCCGCCACCAAGAUCCAGGCCGCCUUCCGUGGCCACCGCGCCAGGAAGCAGCCCGCCGAGGAGCAGCCCGAGCCCGCCGUCGAGGAGCCCGCCCAGGACAGCGUCCAGGACACGACCAUGCAGCCCGGCGACGAGGAACCCACCAAGGAACAGCUGAUGGCGGAGUUCAACCCCAACGACAAAGAGCUGUGCAACGCGGCCACCAAGAUCCAGGCCUCCUUCAGGGGGCACGUGGCACGCAAGGCCGGCGACAAAGCGGAGGAGGAGGCCAAGGCCAAGGACAAGGAGGAGGCGGACGCCGCCGCGGCCAAGGAGCUGGCCGACGAGCUGGCCGACAUAGAUCUGACGGACCCGGAGCUGCACAAGGCCGCCACCAAGAUCCAGUCCACCUUCCGGGGCCACAAGGUCCGUAAGGAGGGCGGCGACGAGUGAGCGGCGCGGGCGGCGUGGCGUGGCGAGACGCAGCGCGGCGAUGUCGCCGAGGCCGCGGCCAGGCGCCGCCGGGGCCUCGAGUUCCUCACCACCAACAUCAUCAUCAUCAUCAUCACGACCACCACCACCACCAUCAACCACAACAACGUCAGCUCGCUCCCUCCCUUCCCCCGCAGUUCCAAACACGACAGGACUCUUCAGUUGAUUUGUCUGCUCACGUACGGCCGUUGUAUAGGGGAUUGCGACCUUACCUGAGCAGUUCAAACAUGACACACCGUUACUUUCUCUCCCCCCCACCCCAAUCUCCUCUGCUCCGUGGCAGCCCGCGUCGCUUCGCGAGCGAGCUGCACUCUUUCUAUUAAACCUAUCGCUCGCCCCUCCCCACAGGGGCGCGCGAGCUGCGCCAAGCGGCAGCCAGCGGGGAGGUCGAUGUGAUUGACAGCCCCCUAUUCUCUUCCAUUUCAUUUCCUUGACUCCUGGCCUCGUGGCCCCCGCCCCCUCCCCGCCGCCGCGGGGGCGCUGCAGGCAGGGGUAUCGCCGCGCCGGCCUGCGCGGGUGCCCCCCCCCCCUUCCUUCGCCCCUCUGUUUCAACCCUUCCUCGCCUCAGUUCUCGGGACGUGGGCAAACAUUGGCGACCCUGUGUGCGUGAAAAUGCUCAGUAAUGUUGCGGCACCAAUCUCACUCGGUUUUUGUGUUUCCGGUGAGAAUUACCUCCAUGUUUUACGACGGAAUCCGAUCUUCUGGAUGAGAGAGGACCUCAAAAUUAUUUUUAUGUAUCAAACGCACAUUUUGUUGUUGUUUUUUGUCAAUAAAUAGUGCCCCUCCCUUAAAUACCAAAUAUUCUUAAAGUUCAUGCUUUGAUGUGAUGAUACUGUUGUUUCCCUAAAUUUCUUCUUAGAACUAAAAUAUCAAAAAGCCUACAGUUUUUCAUUCUUCAAAUUAUACUUUUAAAAUUUGUUUCCAAAUGGGAAAAUGUAGACUCUUAAUAAAUUAUCAUGUGCUAGCAAUCAAAUUUUUGUUAAGUCUGCUUUUAUUUUAACUGAGGAAAAAAAAUUGAAGGAUACUGGAUUAACAAUGUGAGUAUGAAUGUCAAUUGUUGUUAUGUGAAAGGUGAGAAAACAGAUGGCAGCAGGCAGCUCACAUUUGCUUCAAGAAAACAUUUUUUCUUUGUGUUAUCCACUUCCAAAUUAUGGGUGAAACUACUUUUUUGGCAAGUAUAUUAUUUAACAAUACAAAAUGUCACUGGUGGAAGUACGUAAGUUUCAAACGUCACUGGAAUACUAGGUUUCAAAUGCCACGAGCAUGAUGCAUUCAUGUCAGUGAAGGAAACUGCCAUCUUGAGUUUUUCUCUCUGACUCUGUAACUUUGUAUAAUUAAAUAAAAUCUAUCUUUAAAAAAUA